AUGAACGCACUUAGGCAACCCACAGCCAUGACCUGGAAUGUCAGCGACCGUCCGGGCGCGGGGGAACCGCUGUGGGGCGCGCUGCAGCUGUGUGAUGAGCCCCACUGCUUGGCAUUUCCCCUGGGGGCGCUGAUGCCAGUGACCUCGGUGUGCCUCAGCCUGUUCGCCCUGGGUAUGAGCGGCAACUUGGUGACCGUGCUGCUGAUCGAGCGCUACCGCGACUUGCGGACCACCACCAACCUGUACCUGGGCGGCAUGGCGGUGUCCGAUCUGCUCAUCCAGCUUGGGCUCCCUUUCAACCUGUACCAUCUGUGGCGCUAGAGGCCCUGUGUGUUCGGGACACUUCUCUGGCGCCUGUCUCUCUACUUGGGCGAGGGCUGCACCCAUGCCACGCUGCUGCACGCGACAGCACUCAGUGUUGAGUGCUACCUGGCAAUCUGCCGUCCGCUACGAGCACGGGUCGUCCUUGUCACCCAGAGCCUCAUCGCCGCGCUUUGGGUAGUGGCAUUGCUCUCAGCAGGGCCCUUCUUCUUUCUGGUGGGCGUCCAGCAGGAUGUCCUCCCCGGCCUCUCUGCAGGUCAACCCCUCGACCCGGGUCCCGCUGCCCCUCGGGUCCUCGUGGACACCAGUGCUGUCCCUGCCAUCUUUCGAAACCGAGGCUGUGGAGGCUGCAGCGCUGUUAUCGCUUCAGAUGAUCUGAGUAGAUGUUAAUUGUAGAGGAAGUGGGAAAUUAACAGAAGGAGUCCUUGAUGUGGUUUCCAUAAAGUCAUCAUCCUCGAUGGGGUGAG